AUCAAUCACUUGUUCUCACAUACUAGUACAAGGGUUCAACCGUCUCAACUUCCGCUGCACUACUCCAAGUCUCAAGUCUCUACAAGCUGGGACUUAGUCUCUGCAAAAGAUCCUAAGGGCUUUUCUCAGCCCAACAAAGCACAAGCUGCGGCUGCACCCAGUGCACAGCACAUGGCAGUAGUGACCCCUGGGGACUACUGAGGAGAUGAGGUGGUCGCAUUCUCCCGGAUCCACGGAUGCUCUGCCACACCACGGGGAAGAACGCCGAAACAAGCAGCAGCAGUGGUUGGGCACGAUGCAGUCUGGGAAACACCAAGGAGCCUCACUCACAUGUGGAAAGGGUACCACGGCACGGCAAGCAGGGGAGGGGAGGGCAGUGGGGCACGAGAGAGCAACUGACCGAGCGCCUGUCCCAAGGUGAGGCGGUAGCGGGGGUCCUUGUGCAGCAGACCGCGCACCACGUCCUUGCACGCCUCGCUCACACCCUGCCACUUGGCCGCGCGGAACGGCACGUCCUUGGUGCGGAUGGCGUCGAAGAUGCCGUCGUUGCUACCCGCCCAGAACGGCGGGUACCCCGCCACCAUCACAAACAGCACCACCCCCGCGCUCCACACGUCCGCCUCGGGCCCAUACGCGCCCGCCAGCACCUCGGGCGCCAUGUAGUACGGAGUGCCGAUCAGCUCCGACAGCGGCUCGCCCGGCUGGAAGCGCGCCGACAUACCAAAGUCGAUCAGCCGGAUCUCCACGCCCCUGCUGCCCCCCCCACCCCUGCUGCCCUCUUCCCCCGGGGCCCCGCUGCCCGUGGCCCCCUUGGCCAAGCUGUCGGGCGCUACGAGCAGGAUGUUCUCGGGCUUGACAUCGCGGUGCACCACGCCCUGCCCGUGGCAGAAGGCCAGUGCUGCCAGCAGCUGCUGCAGCACCGUGGCCGCGCCGCGCUCGCUGAGCCUGCCGCCCUUUUUUAUGCGGUCGAAGAGGUCGCCGCCGCGGCAGAUCUCCAUGACAAUGUGCACGUGGCGGUCGUCCUCAAAGGUGCGGUUGAUCUCGAUGAUGUUGGGGUGCGCCUUGAGCAGCUGCAUCAUCGCCACCUCCUUGCGCACGUCCUCCGCGUCCUCCGCUGUCUGCACCGCGCCAUGCCCACGCAGGGAGAUGAUGCGGUGGGGAUGCGGGGUGGAUGGAGUUCAGAUUGGAAACAUGGCAGUAAGAACAGAGGCCAAGGCACGCAGCAAGGCUAAACCAAGGCUGUUGAAUAAUCUUAUGGUAUUUGAUGUGCAUGAGACCUUCAGCUAAUGCAGACUGAAUCAGACACCAACCAAUCUACAACGUAAGUUGGAUGCGUUUUCACAAAGUAUUUACCAGUAAUCAUUUAGUUAAAUGCUCCUUUUGGUGUUUGUAUCUUGGUCCGAAUGGGUUAUAAU